AUGAGCACAACAAAAAAAUCCGCUUUGGACCUCGUGGGGGAGGUAAAACCCCAUCACAAAUCGACGGAAAGCGAAUUGGACGAGGAGGAGCUACUGCGCUCAGACGACGGGACGCUAGCUCCGUCCAAUACAGAGGGAGGUGUAAAGACAAGCACACCUCAAACGACACAACCAAAGCACAGUAAAGCGGCGGCAAGCCAAGCCAAAGCGACCGGCGAACACGGGAAGACAAAACCGUGGACCCACCAACAACGAAAGGCGCAGGCAAGCAAGGCCCAUUUCAUCCUCGCCAAAAUAGUGAGGAAUGAAAAGGAGGGCAAAGCCGACCCGCGCGACGCUGCAGACAAAGCCAGAUUUCUAGCAGUGAUCGAGGAAUACGAGCGCUACGAGAAGGAGCACCCAGACACGUCUUUGCCUCCUCAAGCAAAGCGCAACCGCUCACAAGAGACGGCGAAAAAAUUCAGCGAGGUGGCCCGAGAUAGCCUCGCAAUGGCACUUGUUGAUGAGCUCAACGACGAUGGGCGCCUUCUGAUGGAGAAAUGGGAGGAGGUCGAGACCCAGUUGGCAGAGAUGGUGACCGACAAACUACUGUCCGAGCCAACGGGCCAGUCACCCUCCUUUGACGCCUCGGACAUGGUUAGGGGGCACCGGGUGAUCAGGUGCGACGAUGAGUUCUCGCGGGACUUCCUGGCGGAUUGCGUUGCCAGACUAGGCAAGGCAUGGAAGGGGAUUAGCAUUAAGCUGGUCCCCGCCAGGGACAUCCCAAGGAGACCCAGAGCUCGCAUCUGGUUACCCAAGGGGCUGUCUAGCCAUGAAAGGGUGCUCAAGACUCUGCGAGCGAAGAACAAGGGAGUCGAUAUGGAGGACUUGGCCAUUCUCAAAGCUGAAAAGGAAAUGAAGUCCAGCCAGCCAUACCUGUUCUUGAUCAACCAGCGCUGCCUAGAACAGCUGAAGGCAGCAGAGAACAAAGUCCGGUACGGCAUCAGGAAAGCCAAGGUGAAGGUCUUCCUAGACGAACCGGACGAUAUUCGGGAAGACGAAGUCGAAGACGCCAAUAAGCUGCUGGACGAUUUGGCGAUCGACGACAGCACCGCCAAAACCACCCCGAUCUAA